AUGGAUAUUCUCGCAACUUUUGAAGUGGAUUUCAUUCAAUACAAAAGUGUCCCAUGGUCUCCGGUAAAAAGUCUUUCAAACACCGGUGAAGGUCUCCAUCAAGUCCAUGUGUGUUUCUUACGGCACGUGUCCCUUCUCGCAGGCAGCUCGGUGCCACCAACCCACGUGGUGGUAAUGAACGAUCCCGACGGUUUGGGAAGACCUCUUGCCGAGCCCAUGUGGUAG